AUGGCCACGAACCCGCAGGACCAGCGAAAUCAGGAUGCGACGUGCUACCUCGGCAACUUGGACGAGCGGGUGACCGACGCGUUGGUAUGGGAACUGAUGCUUCAAGCCGGUCCAGUCGCCAACGUCCACCUGCCCAAAGACCGCAUCUCGAUGACCCACCAAGGGUACGGGUUCUGCGAGUUCUUGACCGAGGAAGACGCAGAGUAUGCGUGCAAGAUCAUGAACCAGAUCAAGUUGUUUGGAAAGCCGAUCAGGGUCAACAAGGCCUCGAGCGACAGGAAGCAGCUCGAUAUCGGCGCCAACCUCUUCAUCGGCAACCUCGACCCGAAUAUCGACGAGCGCAUGCUCUACGACACCUUCUCGGCGUUUGGCACGCUCGUCCAGCCUGCAAAGAUCUCGCGCGACGUCGGAACAGGCGCAUCAAAGGGCUUCGGAUUCGUCUCGUACGACUCGUUCGAGGCGGCCGACGCAGCGAUCGAGUCGAUGAACGGCCAAUUCCUGAUGAACAAGCCCGUGACCGUCUCGUACGCGUUCAAGAAGGACGGAAAGGGCGAGCGACACGGAACUCCCGCCGAACGACUGCUCGCCGCCCAAGCGAGGAAGAACAACGCCCUUCCUGCCGCUCCGCUUCCCCCUCCUGCAGGAUACAUGCCACAGCCUAUCACCCCGGCCGCUCCUCUCGCAGGCAUGCCUCCCCCUCCCCCUCCUCCAGGCGCAUACGGCGCGUUCGGCGGCAUCCCCCCUCCUCCUCCUCCUCCCGGCUUCGCAGCAUCUCAAGCACCUUACGCCCCUCCCCUCCCCGGCAUGACAGGUGGGAUUCCUCCUCCGCCGCCGCCGCCUGGGUACCUCACCGGCGCGAACGCGUACGGUAUGCCCCCUCCGCCGCCUGGAUUUGGCGCGCCUGCAGGUUACGGUCAACAUCCGCCGCCACCUCCUCCUGCAGGGUUCGCAUGA